AUGGCAAUGUCCCAAGCAGCGGCGCUUGCCGAAAAACUCAUCGGACAUACCGGUACCGCCGAAACAGCGCAGGACAUCACGAAUCCCGCGAGGGAUCGAAAGAAGUAUGCGGAUCCCUCUGGGGAGACGAUGAAGGCUUUAUGUUGGAUGGGGAAGAACACUGUGGAAGUUCGUAAGUUUUCUCUUAUAACCCCACUAACUCAAAUUAUCAUCUCAUCAUAUUCAUAAACUAAGUAAUUGCACAGAGGAUGUCCCCAAACCCAGAGUCGUGGAACUGAGAGAUGUGAUUUUGAAAGUCACCGGUUCGACGGUUUGCGGUUCGGAUCUCCAUUUGUUGCAUGGUUCGAUUGUUGAGCUGGAGAAGGGCGAUAUUCUUGGACAUGAGUUUUGUGGCGUGGUGGAAUCUAUGGGUGAGCAGGUGGGCAAUUUGAAGGUUGGGGAUAGGGUUGUUGCUUCUUUUCAGAUUGCUUGUGGGAAUGUGAGUCUUCCUGGACCACUGUUGGCUAUGACAGACUUGAGUGGUGAAAUAUGCUAACCAGCAAUAGUGUUUAUUGCAACAAAAAGAUGAGUUCGCAGUGUGAGAAAACGAACUCUAAUACCAUCGAAAACGGGAUGUAUGGUGGUACCACCGCCGGGAUGUUGUAAGUUGAUGUUUCAUUCUUACUUGAAGACUUUGUGCUAAUCUUAGAUAUAGCGGAUACAGCCAUUUCACAGGCGGUUUUGCUAGAGGUCAAUCAGAGUACGUCCGCGUCCCAAUGGGCGUCACCAACCUCCUCAAACUCCCCGACUCCGUACCGGAUGAAAAAGGCCUCUACCUCUCCGACGUCCUUUGCACUUCCUGGAACUGCGUCAUCGAUACAGGCGUCGAGAAAGGCGACGUAGUAGCCAUCUGGGGCGCCGGUCCCAUCGGACAAAUGGCCGCCGAAUUCGCCUUCAUGAAUGGUGCCUCGCGCGUAAUCAUGGUCGAUUGUAAUUGGCGCUUAGACUUCAUGAAAGAGAAGUAUCCCAAGGUUGAACUCCUGGACUUCAGUAAACUGCCCAAGGGCGAAUCGGUCACCAGUCAAUUGAAGAAGAUGGUUGAUGGACGGGGUCCGGAUGUUGCGCUUGAAUGUGUGGCUGGAGAGUAUCCCAAGGGAAGGGCGCACUACUUUGAGAUCAUGCUUGGGAUGGAGACCGAUACCUCAGAGAUCAUCAACGAGAUGAUUACUUCGGUGUGAAACUUUGGUCGUUGUGGUGUUACUGGUGUCUAUGCAGGCUUCGUAAGUUCUCUUUCUCUCUUGAUUCGAAAACAGUAAACUAAUCGAAAACCAGACUAACCACUUCAACAUUGGCGCUCUGGUGGAACGCGGUAUCCGUUUGAUUGGAAAUGGUCAAGCGCCCGUUCAUAUGUAUUGGGAGAAGCUCUUGAAGAUGAUUGAAUCUGGAGAGAUCGAUCCGCUCAAAAUGGUCACUCAUCGGGUAGAUGUAUCUGAACUCGACACUAUCUACUACAAGUUUGAGAAGAAGGAAGACGGGAUGCAGAAGGUUUUUGUCCAGACCAAGUUUUCUGCGCCUCCUUGCAAGGGGAGUCCGAGCUUGACGACUUAUAAGAAGUAG